CUUUCCCUUUCCUACGCCUACCACACCCUCUCGCUGUCCCAUUCCCGAGCAUGCUGUCCCGAUUUGCGCCUCGUGCGGUGGUCGCGCCCACACGGUCCCACCUGUUUGCCAGAGCAGCAUACCAGCCAGCAGUACGACGAUCCGUGACAACCGAUGCAGCAAGCAGCCACGCCGAGAGGGACGACGUGCCUGAGGAAGAUGACAAACCUUUCAGCGUGACCCUGUCCGAUGAAGCCUUUGAAACAUACGACCUCGACCCCCCUCCCUACCAACUCGACACCACCAAGAAGGAACUCAAGCAAAUGUACUGGGACAUGGUGGCCGUGCGACGCAUGGAGAUGGCGGCCGAUCGCUUGUACAAGGAGAAGAAGAUCCGCGGCUUCUGCCACUUGUCCACGGGCCAGGAGGCUGUGGCCGUAGGGAUCGAGCACGCCAUUGAAAAGAGCGACCAUCUGAUCACUGCUUACCGGUGUCACGGAUUUGCGAUGAUGCGUGGUGGAACGGUCAGGUCGAUCAUCGGCGAACUCCUGGGCCGACGAGAGGGCAUUGCGUAUGGCAAGGGUGGGUCCAUGCACAUGUUCUCCACCGGCUUCUACGGCGGCAACGGCAUUGUGGGAGCUCAGGUGCCGGUCGGCGCGGGGAUUGCCUUCGCGAAUCACUACGAGAAUAAGGGAAACGUCACCCUUGCGCUAUAUGGAGACGGCGCGAGCAACCAGGGUCAGGUGUUUGAGGCUUUCAACAUGGCUAAGCUGUGGAACCUUCCCGUCAUCUUUGGGUGCGAGAAUAACAAGUACGGAAUGGGCACUGCGGCUAACAGGGCAGCGGCCUUGACCGACUAUUACAAACGCGGCCAAUACAUCCCCGGGCUCAAGAUCAACGGCAUGGAUGUGCUGGCGGUCAAGGGGGCGGUUGAAUACGGCAAGAAGUGGUGUGCGGAGGACAAGGGGCCAUUGGUGUACGAGUUUGUGACGUACCGGUAUGGAGGCCACUCUAUGUCCGACCCGGGCACCACCUACCGUACGCGCGAGGAGAUUCAACGGAUGCGAUCGACCAACGACCCCAUUGCCGGGCUGAAGCAGAAGCUGAUCGACUGGGGCGUGACGACGGAGGACGAGCUGAAGGGCAUCGACAAGGAUGCGCGCAACCAUGUGGACGAGGAGGUGGCAAAGGCCGAGGAGAUGGCAGUGCCAGAUGCCACGCCCGAGGUGCUGUACGAGGACAUCUACGUCAAGGGCAGCGAGCCGCAAUUCAUGCGAGGACGCAUUCCGGAGGAGAACUACUACUUCCCCACCGAUCGACCGGUGCAGGUGCCCAAGUCGCCGGCGCAGACUUAAGCCGACAACGAAUGAGGGUGCUGGAGUUUUGCGCGGAGCGUAUGGCAUAUUCGAGUUGGCGAAGACAUUGAGGCUGUGUAGAUCCGGAGUUUACUCAGCGGGUGCUUCUUGGUCUGCUGUAUUUGAUACCUGAUGUACUCUUCUUCGUUAAGCGUCUCUGCAUUAUUAAUCGGACCAAUACGACUGGAGUUGAGUGAGUUGUGGAGGAGAGUCUUCCGUGAAGUUCUAGCGGGAGGCGAUGGUAUUGUCAGCCGGCUGCGCCUGCCACAAGCCCCAGACGCGCCACUUGCCCGCAAGCGUGCGCCGGCGACGAUCUUUACCACAUUCGAGCGCUUCGCACGCAAUCUCUCCCACUCGACUCCCUCCCACUCCCACUCACCC